UCCGUGGUGGAGCAGCUGAGGUGCAGCUGGGCCUGCGGCCUGGGAGGCGGUCUUGUGGGCACCUCCUCCCCCAGCCCACGCCUCAGGUCUGCAGCUGGGUCCUGCCUCCUCUCAGGUGCGCCAUGGCCCGGACUUGGCUGCUGCUUCUCCUGGCCCUCGGGUGUCCAGCCCUGCCCACCGGUGUGCGUGGCACCCCCUUCCCCUCCCUGGCCCCACCAAUCACGCUGCUGGUAGAUGGGAAGCAGCAGACACUGGUGGUCUGCCUGGUCCUCGAUGCUGCACCCCCUGGCCUUGAGAGCUCCAUCUGGUUCUCAGCUGGCAAUGGCAGUGAACUGGACGCCUUCACCUACGGCCCUUCCCUAGCAGAAGAUGGCACCUGGACCAGCUUGGCCCAGCUCUCCCUGCCCUCUGAGGAACUGGCAGCCUGGGAGACCUUGGUCUGCCACACUGGGCCUGGGGCUGGGGACCACAGCCGGAGCACACAGCCCCUACAGCUCUCAGGAGAGGCUUCCUCAGCCAGGAUCUGCCUCCGGGAGCCUCUCAGGGGGACACGGGGCCAGGCGCUGCGGCUCGGGGCGCUGCGGCUGCUGCUCUUCAAGCUGCUGCUGUUUGACGUGCUCCUGACCUGCAGCCGCCUCCGCGCCCUGCCCGCCGCGAGGGGGGACCCGGCCCGGGCGCCUGGCCCGCGAGACCCCGCGACCCCCGAGCUCCCCGCGGCCCCGAGGGCGGACCGUCCUUUCCUUCCGCAGCCUCUGCCAGUAGGAGAGCCCUCAGCCCCCGCCCACUGGCUUCGCCGCAGUGAUGGGGGGACCACAGGCCGAGCGCUCACCCCGUCCACCCCGCCGGCGCUGCAGCCCAGGGCCGGCCGGGGGGGUUCCCACCCUCCGUCCGCGUCCGGAUCCCAGGAGCCCAGUCUGGGAAGAGGGGAUGGUCUCUGCCAACCAAGCUUGGGCCUGAGGCUCAGGACCCCCCUCAGUAUUCCUGCCUCGAGCCUUGGAGCAUUUGUAUGUGACCUGCCUCCUCCUGCGGACAGGAGCAUCCUGGGGGCUGGGCUCUGUCUCCCCCCUCAGACCAAGGCUUUCUGAGGGAAAAGGCUGUGUCUCUCCCGUCAGACUGGGAGAUCCUUGAGGGUGCUGACGGACUCAGGCACUGGGACGUUUAGGGUGCAGAUAACUGAGAACAAUUAAAGCAGAGCGUAAAUGACACAAACAAAUGAACAAUAUUUUGAUUCAAAUCUGCCCUGGGAGGAGGGAAUUUGGCAGAAUUAAAGGAGGCAGAAAUCUGGGAAGGCUCCCUUGAGGAAGAGGGCUUCCUGAGGGUGAGACCCUGGGAAUUGCAGAGUGGGGUUGGGGUUGGGGAGGACCCUAUCUCACCUCUGUCUCCUUUCCUCACAGCCAGGCAUGGGGCAAGGCCCCCUCUCUGUCUCCUCAUGUGGCCCAACCUCUGUGAGAGGUCAGGGCGAGGAGCCCCGCCCGAGACCCAGGAAGGCGAGGUGCUAGGCCUCUGUGAAGUCUUGUACAGACUCAGCAGAAGUGAACAGGGCCAGGAUCCCAGGGUCACGGGUUCGUGUCCAGUGCCAAGACCA